AUGGCCAAGACUCCUUCCAAGAAAUCCGCCAAGGCCCCCAAGAAGGCCGGGGAAGGCAAGGGCAAGGGCAAGCGCGUCAAGCGCGUGGAAUCGUACUCCACCUACAUCUACAAGGUGUUAAAGCAAGUGCACCCUGAAACUGGUAUCUCCAAGCGCGGCAUGUCCAUCAUGAACUCCUUCAUCAACGACAUCUUCGAGCGCAUCGCUUCCGAAGCCGGCAAGUUGAGCCGCUACAACAAGAAGUCCACCUUGUCGUCUCGCGAAAUCCAAACCGCCGUGCGCCUCAUGCUCCCUGGCGAAUUGGCCAAGCAUGCCGUGUCGGAAGGCACGAAGGCUGUGACCAAGUUCACGUCGUCGGCUUAA